AUGGAUCUUUUCUCAUACCUUCUGCACCUUAUAGUCCUCUUUGUGUCUCUCUGUAUAAUCUUCCUUGUCAGUAGACGCAAAUCCGCCUGUUCAAGGCUUCCGCCGGGUAAACUGGGAUGGCCCAUCAUCGGGGAAACCUUAGAAUUUGCUUUAGGAGGCAAAAAUUCUAACCCUGCAAGAUUUAUAAAUGAUAGAAUGAAGAAAUACUCCCCAAUUGUGUUCCGGACCUCCUUGUUGGGGGAGAAGGUCGCCGUGUUCUGUGGCCCAGCGGGGAACAAGUUUCUAUUUUCAAACCACAACAAGCUCAUUACCACUUGGAAACCACCAUCGAUGGAGAAGGCGUUGCUCUUCCAGUCUUCUCCCCCAAAGGCAGAACCGAGGGGAAUGCGUAGCUUUGUCCUUGAAUUUCUUAGGCCAGAUGCUUUGCAACGUAACAUACAUAUCAUGGAUUCAAUGGCACGCCAGAACAUAAAUACGGAUUGGGCUCCUCAUAAAGAAGUGAAUGUUUAUCCACUAUCAAAGAAGUACACCUUCACGUUGGCUUGUCACUUGUUCAUAAGCAUCAAAGAUCCUGAGCAUAUCGCUAGGAUUGCUCGUCCCUUCCAUCAGAUGUUAUCUGGGCUCGUGUCUUUGCCUAUAGAUUUUCCUGGUACAGCAUUUAACUCCGCCAAAAAAGGAGGCAAAAUGCUUCGGCAUGAGCUUGUAGCAAUUAUCAAGCAGAGAAGGAAGGAGUUAUCAGAGAAAGAAGAAUCGGUAGCCCGGGACCUACUAUAUUCUUUGCUUUUAGCGACAGAUGAGAACGGCGCGGUUCUGAAUGACAUGGAGAUCUCUGAUAAAAUUGUUGGUAUAUUUCUUGCUAGCUUUGAUUCAACAAGCACGACUUUAACAUUUAUCUUCAACUAUCUAGCAGAGUUUCCCCAUGCCUAUGAUAAGUUGGACUCUCUCUACAGAGAUGGAUUUUUAAACAAGAAGUUUAAUAGUAAUUUCCAAUUGGUUUCUGCUUACAUAUAUAGAACAAAUGGAGAUAGCAAUGUCCAAAGAUCCAGAAGAGUUUCUGAAGUGGAAUGA